AUGACAGGCCCCACCGCCACCACGCUCUACAACCUCAUCCUACCCACCAUCUUCCUCAACCCCGUCCUCUUCCUCCAUAGUCUCAACACCAUCCUCACCAAGCUGUUACCCACCAUGAACGGCUAUGAAGGCAACAGCGCGCAACCACACCUCGACAUCCACGCUUCGGAAUCGCUGUGUUGGGGUUACACAGCCCUGAUCGUUUGGGCGCAGAUGGUUGCGUUUCUGAGGUUCGACAGGUUGAGGGAGGAGCAAGAAAAGGCCCGGUCAAGGAAAGGAGGAAAGCAGAAGCAUAGGCAGGAAGAUGAUGGAUAUGGUUGA